CAGGGGCGCAUGCGCACAGCGGAGCUCCAUCUUUCCAUCCCGAGCGCAGAAGAGCAGCGGAUGUGUUGAUGCUUUUGGCCGUUUUGUUUUUAUUUUUAAACGCCCAGAGUCGAUGUGAAACAAACCCGAGCGGAUUCUUCCUCCGUUAUUAUCCUCCUGGGAGCUUCCAGCCGACAGAAAUGCGGCGUGUGGCGGGUGUUAUGAGGUAGAUUGAGCCGCUGCUGCUGCGCUUCGGCCGCGGCGACACAUUUGAGUGUAAAUCCGCUGCAAGAGUGUUUCCGGCCCGCACGCGAGCAGGAACCAUGAAUUUACGCGAGCUGCACCUAAAUGGUCCAUGAUGAGCAGCACAUCUAAAGACCUGCCGCAGGAACGUGACAUGUGCUGUCCACUGUAAAGACGCGUCACCUGACCUGGACGGACGCCUCCGGUGCUGAGCCCGCGGGUCCCACUGCCUGCCGGGAGCUGCAACUGUUUCCAUGUGUCUAGUCAUUUGAGGUGCUUUUAUGUCAAGAUCAGAAGCGCUUUCAGACUUCUUUCUCAUGGCUUUGAUUGGUCAGACUCUAGCAGCGGAGUCCCUGUCUGCGUUGAGUGGCAAAGUAAUGAGGCCCUUCCGCGGCCGGUCUGCGCUGUGAGCCCGUCUCACUGCGGUCUGGCCUGCAACUUCGCCCCGCUUUCAGGAAAGUUGUGCUCCGUCUUCCCUCUUCUGAACGUCAGAAUGAGACAUUGUGUCGGGACAGAGAAGAGCGUGUGAUCUCUCACGAGGAGUUUUGCACUGGUCCAUAAAAAUGAAUGGAGGUAAAGAUAGGGAGGGUGGGGAUGGCAGAGGGCAGCUCGCCCAGGUGCCCAUCGGCUGGCAGCGAAAGGUGGAGUCCUCGGGUGUCGUUUAUAUCAGUCCAAGUGGAUCAGUGCUGUCCUGCCUCGAGCAGGUUAAGUCUUACUUGCUGACUGAUGGCACCUGUAAAUGUGGUCUGGAGUGUCCUCUCAUCCUACCCAAGGUUUUCAAUUUUGAUCCUGGUGCGGUGGUGAAGCAGAGGACUGCAGAGGAUGUGAAGGCUGAUGAGGAUGUUACGAAGCUUUGCAUCCACAAGAGGAAGCUUAUUGCUGUGGCGACGCUGCAUAAAAGCAUGGAGCUGCCACCUCCUUCCCUAACACUCACCAGUCCAGGUGGAGGCACAAGUGUGACCUCCAUGACCCCUAACGCACAGCCUCGAGCAAUAAGGAAUAAAACCCACGAGGGCCAGCCAGAAUGUAAGAACCCAUUUAAGGUGAUGAUGGCGACGGGGCAACGGCACUUCUCUCCGGAUCUGUGCGGCCCGCAGCAACAGGAUGUUUUUCCUGCAUACUCCAGGCAGAGACUGGCCAGCGGUGAGCCAGGGCCCAAGUCUCCGUACCGCAGUGGGCACGGAGGCAUGUUGAGCCCUCCCUCGCAAGCCUUCGGGGAUGGUUCUCUGUCCCCAAGAACAGACGCUAUUGGCAGUCCCGACGGGUUUGUACGCAACAACCCCUGUGGCUUCCAGGGGACCGGCAGUCCCAGCACCAUCCACAGCAACAGCCGCAUCCCUUUGUCUUCUCCUGGGGUCAUGAUCCACGGCUCACCCGCCACCCAGUCAUCCUGUGUCAUGGCUGGAAGGACUAACAUGCCUCUGUCCCCCCCAGUCCCCAACAAGAGCCCCGUCAUGAAAAAGCCCCUGUGCAACUACCCGCCCAGCAUGGACUCGAGCAGAACUGUGUUUCACCACAAGGCUCCAUCUGCUCCCGCACCCCCUCUGCCACCUCCCUGUGCCCUGCAGAAUAAACAGGUGAGCUCCGAAAAGGACCCUCUUGGCAUCCUGGAUCCCAUUCCCAGUAAACCGAAUCCAUCUACUUUCCAGCCCAAUGCCCACUCUCAGGUACCAAUGGUGAAUGUAAACAUCCCUCCUGCCAUCGUCCCAUUGCCGAGCAACCUGCCUUUGCCCACGGUGAAGCCGGGGCCGGUUGGUCACAUGCAGAGGACUCAGCACGGCACAGCCACAUCCAUCUCCCCGUCACCCGUCACCUCUCCUGUUCACAUGUCUGGGCCCUCCCUGGGCCGGAUGGAAGUGUCUCCACAACGAUCCCGCUCCUCGUCCACCUCCUCCGAGCAAGGCAGCUUUGCCGUUCCCCCGUGCGGCACUAUGAAGGUCCCGCCACGCUCGCCCAGAUCCUCCAUGAGUUCGCCCCGACCUGCUUUGCCUUCCAGCCCAUCUGGCAAGCCGGACGUUCUCCACCAGUACAAAGAAAUGCCCACCCAGCUGCUGGCAGGGAUGAGUAGCAGCAUGAGCAGUCAGCACAAUCCAAUGUAUCCCCCCGCCUCAGGCGGCACCACGUCGCAGAAGGAGCACCCGGGCCUUUUGGGAAUGCCACUGAACCAGAUCCUUAACCAACACAACGCUGCCUCUUUCCCUGCCAGCAGUCUCCUCUCAGCUGCCGCCAAAGCACAGCUAGCAAAUCAAAACAAGCUUGGAGGAGGAGGUGGCUGCAGCGGUGGCGGCACUUGCGCAGGCAGUGCAGGGGCGUCUGCAGGGCUCUCUUGUCCUCUCGGUGCGACUGAUACCAACAGGGCUGUUGAAACCCACAAUACUUUAAAUCCUAUGUUGCCACCCAACCCUGCCAUGAUUAUGCCCAGCAGUGAGGGCCAGAGUGGACGUGCGGCCCUUCGGGACAAGCUCAUGGCACAGCAGCGUGACCCUCUCCGCAAGCGCAAGCAUCCUCCAAAUGCUGCUAACCACGAGAACAAUUUCUUCAACAUGGCUGGCAUGAGGACGCCCUGCUCUUCCACCGAGCAGAUGAGAAAAACCUCUCGACUGCCCUCGAACACAUCAAUGGCUCAAUUACUCCAAUCUCUGAGCAACCACAGCUCCCACAUGGCCAGGGGCAGAAACCCAGGCCUUGUAAGUCCAGGUCGUGUGCACUUUGGCGAGGGGGCCGUGGCCUCUGGUGCGGCGCCUCAGAGCGCACAAGUACAGCAGCGGCUGCAUGGCCAGACGGAAGCCAUGCUCUGCCCCGGUGUGGAGUCCCAGAGCCAGUAUUCAGGCAUGAUGAACCAGAUGCAGGCUACAGCGAUGGGAAACUGUGGACCUGUGAACCAAGGCGGACAAGUUCCUCUCGGAAACCAUGUGAUGGGACACACAAGCUCUCACUUUCAGCAGCGUGUCCAGCCAAACGUCAGCUGCAUGCUGCCCAGCAGCAGUGAUGCCUGCUGCUCACAACCCAUGACUGACACAGGUGACCCUGCAUCGCUGAGCUGCAGCAUAGGAAACACUCCUCAGAUGGGUGGUGUCAUGGCUGCCGCAGGGCACAUAUACCACCACCAACACCAACACCACCACCACCAGCAGCAGCAGCUGCACCCUUCACUGCAGGGCAUGCAUGGGGUCUCCACAUAUCCGAGCCAGGGGCAUUCCUUUGCAACCGCUCCUUUUACGGACAAUAACGUGCCCAACUCCAACAACUUGCCUUGCCUGUACCAGGAUUAUCAGGGGUGCAUGCCUGACAGCAGCCAGCCUGGAAUGACAUCUCAUUCUGGAGAUGCAGGCAUGUACCGAGAGGGUCAACAGAAGCUACAGGGUCAGGGUGAUGCUUCAAUGGGAGGAGGUCAGAGUUCGGUGGAGUCAGUGGAUGCGAUCUACAGAGCGGUGGUGGACGCCGCCGGCAAAGGCAUGCAUGUGACCAUCACCACCGGCAUGAGCGGCAGCACGCAGGCGAGCCCCGUCCCCGCGCUCAGUGCCAUGAGUGCCUUCACUGCCUCCAUCGGCCAGCCGCUCAGCCUACCUCACGCCGUUAACGCAGUCAUACAUGCGCCGCGCAGCUCCGAGGGGACAGAGCAGCUUUCCCAGCCUCAGCGCAACCGGCCGCAGCUGCCCAACCACACGCGCAGAAGCUCCGAGCAUGGGAAGAACACGCCGGAUGGCACGGACGCGCAUGAGUAUUUCCGCUCGCCCAGCGCUGCCACGCCCCGUCCGCAGUGGGAUGAGUCCAACCACGCUCACUGGAGGGGCGAGGAGUUUCUGGAAUGUUCCACCCAGGUGCACAGCAGCCCAUGCGGUAGCAAAGGAGAGAGAAAAAGCAUCAUGGACUGUCAGCCAGAGACCCACGAGCCCUCUGACUCUCACAACGAUGACAGCGCAAGCCUGCGGUUUAACCACCGCACUGCCAGUGGCAUAAGAGAGCGGCUGGAGCCCAUGGAGCGAUGCGCUCAGCUGAACGGCACGCUGCCUCGUGGCGGGUACGGGGAGCCGCUCACCGGCGAUGACCAGUCGCCUGGCUCCUCCACAAGCUUGGAAGGGCCGCUGCUCAAAGACUACACUCACUUCAAUGGGCACUUUAACGGACACUGUGCGCCCAGCCCCUCUGACACAAAGAGUCUCAGCAGUGAGGAGGAGCUGCGGCACCCCGACUCACCUUCAGCUGACCUGCUGCACUACAGGCCCAGGGCCUUCAACGUAGGCGAACUGGUCUGGCCAAUAAAAGGCUUCCCUCCCUGGCCUAACAAACUGAUGGGAGAAGAGCAUGGACACAAUCCCAGCAUGCAACUGUCUGAACAGGCCAAGGUGGAACCAGAGCAGCUGAAAACACUAACACAAGACCUUCAGGUGCUGGACAGAGCCAGUAAAAAAAACAGGAAGGCGGGAAAGCUGAAUCAUCAUUUAGAAGCUGCGAUUCAUGAGGCCAUGAGUGAGUUGGACAAGAUGUCUGGAACUGUUCACCAGGAUCGUCAAGUCAAACUGCCCAAACCCAAGAGGAGGAAAAUCUCCAGAUAACAGCAGCGAUCAGGCGUCAGUGUCUCUUUCUUUCUCUCUCUUUCUCUUUUUGAUCGUGGUGCUACAUUCUAGCAGAUGGCUCAUCGUGGCCCCGCCCUCACCCAGUGACUGACAGGUGCUGGAUCAGCCAAUUAGAAAAGGCAGCAAAUACAACUUGCUGAAGAACUAUUUUUUUCUAGUGUACAAGGAAAAAUAUCAAAAAAGCAAAAAAAAGCAAAAAAAAAAAAAAAAAAAUACUGCAUUUAAGAACACAGUCCAAAUAUUUCUGAUAUGUUUUCAAUGUGUAUAUAGACAAUACAGAAAUUUCAUGGUAAAAACAUGGGAAGAAGUGUAAAUACUGUAGGAUAAUGACAUGUACAAGCCAACUCAAUGCACACUUUAUCUUCAGCUGUACAAAACACAAAGCAGAAAUGUCUCAUCGGCCCAUAAGGCCCUGUGACAUUACAAUGAAUAAGAGUCAAUCUGAGACUUUUGUAAGCUUCAGUUUGAGUUGUAUUUUGAGUGUGUAUGUGUGUGAGUGUGUCGGAGUGGACUUCACCAGCUGAAUGGGCUAGUUGCGAUUUUGACUCGAACUUGUGGGCUUCUAUAUAUAGUUCAGGUCUUCCAGCACUAAACACUAAUACAUAAAUAUGUUUAGAAUUGUCCUGUGACAUUUUCUAUCUUUAUACGUUUAUUUUGGUCUUUCUUUUGUCAUAUUUGUUAGUUAGACCACAUUGAUGAAACACUCUGGUUUCAUACUGUAAUGGCCAACAUUGAGGAAAACUGGGGCCUUAUAAUGUGUGUUAAAAAUGAUGUAUGAAACUCCCUGACAUGUUUAGUAAAACUUGGCAAUAAUACGGCCCUGCGCGCAUGCUCGGUAAAGCCUUAUAAGUGUGUGUGUGUGUGUACACACACACAGACACAUGUACCCUUCAGUAUUACUCUGUUUGUUUUGCCUUUCAUGAUGCACUCAGUAUUUUCUCUCUCCUUGAAGUUUCACUCGUCAAGAAAUGAACAGUACUUUUGGGAAAUCUUAAUUUCAUUGUCCACUCAGCCUAAAGUCUUAUCAAUAGUGUAAUGAAAGCCAAUUUACUCUACAUGGAGACGGUCAUCUCAUGCUAAGAUCACAAGACCAGCUGAACACCAAUCACUUUAUCUCAGUAACUUUGAAAAGAGAAAACGCUGUCAGUAACUGAAAUCUUUGGCUUUUGGUGUAUCAACAUAACCGGGAUCAGUGUCUAUGGAAGCUUGCUUCUGCCACUGAAUAAAAAUGGUAAUUGCGAGUUGCGACAAUCUCACAAUUGCGACUUUUUUUCUUUCUCAGAUUUUUGUUUUGUUUUGUUUUUUUGUGAGAUAUAAACUCGCAAUUCUUAAUUUUUUCUCGUAAUUGCAUGUUUAUAUCUCAGAGUUCUGAAUUUAUUUCAAUUGCGAUUUAUAAAGUCCAAAAUCUGAGUCAUAUUUGAGAUGUACAUUUGCAAUUCAGACUUUUUUUUUCUCACUAUUGAGUUUAUAUCUUCUGACUUUAUUUCAAUCAUGAGUCAUAAAGUCCGAAUUGUGAGAUAAAUAGUUGCAAUUCUGAGAAAUAGUCGUAAUUCUGAUAUAAAUUUGCAAUUAUGACAUUUUUUUUUCUUGAAAUUGAGUAUACAUCUCAUGAUUCUGAAUUUAUUUCAGUUGUGACUUAUAAAGUCAGAAUUGCGAGAUAGUCGUAAUUAUAAUAUAAACUCUCAAUUUUGACUUUUUUCUCGUAAUUGUGAGUUUAUAUCAGUCAUGAGUUAUGAAGUCUGAAUUGUGAGAUAGUCGUAAUUCUGAGAAAGUCGCAAUUCUGACUUUUUUCUCGCAAUUGUGGGUUUAUAUUUCACAAUUGUGAGGGGAAAAAAAGUCAGAAUUGUGAGAUUAAAAAUUUGCAAUUACUUUUUUUAUUCCGUGGCGGAAACAAGCUUCCGUAAGUAUCAGUCCGAGACCGUGUACAUAUCGGCCAACCAACAUCCAAAAUGAGUUUAUCUUUAACGUGGCCCAAUCCUGUUGUAAUAAUGUGUUAUUGUGUUUGAGUGCUGCAUUAUUGAAAGACACAGAUGAACUGUAGAUGUACUGAAUCUCAUACAGACUCAGGAAAGUCCUGUUAUCAUUCAGAUUCAAGUUCUAAAAGGAGUUCAUGGGAAAUGUCUCUUCAGUGAGAGGAGUUUGUGUCAUUCUGUCUGUGGUACUUUAAGGAAUCAUGAUCAGAAGGGUUUUUUUGAGGGGUAAUUGUGGUUUAGGGGUCAUAGACAAGGAUUUGGAAUGAGCCUCACCCUGGAGGUCAGAGGUCAGCGUUGGGGUCAGGACAGGUUGUACAUAAUUACUGUAGCACAUGAUGCUACAUGGACAUCUGCCAUUAACACUAACUCAAUAUGAAGAGCUGAUUAAAUUAUUUUUUUUGUGUGUAAACUCUAUAUAUAUGUGUAGGAUUUUACAGCACAUUGCUGUGUCUCAACAGUUUGCAUCCAUUUUGAACUCUAAUCUAGGACAGAUUAAAUUCCAGGUAUUGGCCGUUUUCUCUCAUUGUCAUCGGUCUUUACAGAAAUUUCACUACAAAAUUUAAGUGCAAUAUUUCCAUGCAGUGGAUCUGAAAACUAUAUCAACGCAAAUAUUGUUUCUAAUCAUGUUCCAGAAGUGAAAACAUUCAAGCCCCAUUAACAGACUCAAACAGACGAAUGGUGUUGAGCUUGUGCGCAUCUCUGCUGGUGAAGUCGGCUCUGUUGUCAGUGCAAUGCUGCGGCUCUGUGUUCAAAGUCUUACUGUUCAAGGUCAAAAUACAUUUUGUGUUUAUGUGGUCAGUGUUGCCCAAAACCUUUCCAUUUCUAUUCUUGAGUCAUAUUCUUUCAUUUUCUUUCUGUGUGUGUGUGUGUGUGUGUGUGUGUGUGUGUGUGUGUGUGUGUGUGCGCGCGUGCGAGUGUGUGUGCGCAUGUAUGUGAACAUUUUUUAUUUUGUUGUCUUUGCUUGCUAUUUUAUGAUUGGUAUCUGACUGGUAUUACAAACCUUUCUGAUGUCAAUAUUUUUUUUCAAUACGUAUCUGAGUAUAUAUUUUCUCACCAGUAUGUACUUUACAGCAGUCGACUUUGUAAAGUAUGUUGUGCACUUGAUUAUGUUUGUUUCUGAUAGCUUUGAUGUGGCUGUUAGGUUUAGUUUGUUAAAGUCCAUAAUUUCUUAUUGUUUCAUUUGAUUUUUUUUAAGAUGUCCUAAACAGCAGUUUUGUAAAUAUUGUGAACAUUACAGGUCAUGCUGUGAUGUGACAUUGAAAUAAUGUUGCACCAAUGUUUCAAUUAAAACCUGGUCACUAAA